CUCCCCUCUUGCACCUGAUGAGUGGGGUAUUUACUGCACUUUCCAAGGACUUCUUUGCACUACAUAAUUUUGCUGCAUGGGGCAAACAGAGGAGGAGAUGUUCUACUAGAGGACCAAUGUCCCUGCAGUGAUUCUUCUCUGUUCUGCUGCUCAAAAGCUGGGAACCGUUAUUCCGCAGCGAGAGGAAAUCCGGGAAGGGGGAAGCAGUCCUUGUGUUUCAAAAUGCCACGGUCCUUCUUGGUGAAGAAACAUUUCAACGCGUCCAAAAAGCCCAACUAUAGUGAACUGGAUACACAUACAGUGAUUAUUUCUCCAUACCUUUAUGAGAGCUACCCAAUGCCGAUAAUUCCACAGCCAGAAAUCCUGAGUUCAGUGGCAUACAAUCCAAUCACAGUCUGGACUACAACUGGGCUGCUGCCUUCCCCCUUGCCCAGUGAUCUUUCUCCUCUUCCUGGAUACCCUUCAUCUUUGGGAAGAGUCAGCCCACCCCCCCAUUCUGACACUUCGUCCAAAGAUCACAGUGGCUCAGAAAGCCCCAUUAGUGAUGAAGAGGAGAGAAUCCAGUCCAAGCUUUCCCACCCCCAUGCAAUUGAAGCUGAAAAAUUUCAGUGUAGUUUAUGCAACAAGACCUAUUCAACUUUCUCGGGACUUGCCAAACAUAAGCAGUUGCACUGUGAUGCCCAGUCUAGGAAAUCCUUCAGCUGUAAAUACUGUGAUAAGGAAUAUGUGAGCCUGGGAGCUCUAAAGAUGCACAUCAGGACCCACACACUACCUUGUGUCUGCAAGAUUUGUGGCAAGGCUUUCUCUCGACCCUGGCUACUACAAGGACAUAUCCGGACUCAUACUGGAGAGAAGCCUUUUUCAUGCCCUCAUUGCAACAGAGCAUUUGCAGACAGGUCAAACUUGAGGGCCCAUCUGCAGACCCAUUCGGAUGUGAAGAAAUACCAGUGCAAAAAUUGUUCUAAAACUUUCUCUCGAAUGUCUCUUCUGCACAAACAUGAGGAGUCUGGCUGCUGUGUAGCUCACUGAGUUUACCUGUUUUCAUGCCUUUGCCACAAACUAAAGAGACAUCCACUCCUUUUCAUGUAUUGGUUCAUCUGUUUC